CUAUUUUAUGAUAUGUUUACAGAUGUUUAUUGUGGUUCACUUUGAGUAAUUUAACUUUCACUGUAGAUUUUCGGAUGGAUUCAUACGCAUUUUUUUGAAUAAUUCGAUCGAAUUGGAAAAAAAUAUUGAGUGUCUAAAGAUAUGAAAGUAAACAAAAUUUCGUAUGAAAUGUCGACCACAUUAACGCUACUUGUGAUUUUCAUAUGGACCACCUGUGAGUCUUAUCGAGUAGAGGGAAUCAAUCCAACAUGCGAGAAAGUCUCGACACCUAUGUGCCUUCCUGUUACUGACGACAUUAUAGCUGCAAUACCAUCGCCACAAGGAAGAAGAAAUCGCAGAUCAGUUCUAACGGAACGUGUGUCUAAACAAAUUAAUUGGAGAUAUAAUUCAACUACCUUUCCAACGUUUGCAAAUGACGUCACUCCUGAUGACGUCAUCGAUUCUUUACGAAAGCUGCAUCCAAUGGUAGCAACGGAAUGUUCCAAAUUUGUCAGACUGUUUUUGUGUUCAGUGUAUUCUCCCGUUUGUACAGAAUUUGGUGUUGUGCCUCCAUGCAAGGAACUGUGCGAGAAAGUAAUGUCGGAUUGUUCGAGAACAAUAAAAGAAUUUGGAAUUCAGUGGCCUGAUAGUGUGCAAUGUGAUAUAUUCCCUGCGUACGGGACAACUGGUGACGUAAUUAAUGACUCUUUAUUAGUCGGAGCGGUGACGUCACAGAAUGACGAAAACACGAUGCUAAUUCAACGUUCUGCGUCGCUAGCUUGGAUGGAAGCAUUGGUGGCAGACGGAAAGAUUUGUAUACCACCGAUUGAAGAAGACGUGAUUACACCCCAGUUAGAACUCCUAAAGCAAAACAUUGAUAAGCGACCCAAUCAUAAACUCAACUACACGAUAACAAAAGACAAUCACCAAUUCGGCCUACGCUGUCCAGCUGAAAUGAGAGCACCUGAUGGUCAACCCGGGUAUUCUUUUCUUGGAAUGCAAAAUUGUUCUCCGCCAUGUCCAAACAUGUAUUUGAGUGAUGGAGAAUUAUCAGGAGUUCGUCAUUUGAUAAUAUUUAUGUCAACACUCUGCAUUAUUGUGACAUUUUUCACUCUUUGUACAUUUUUGAUAGACACAAAAAGGUUUCGCUACCCGGAAAGGCCAAUUGUAUUCUAUGCUUUCUCCUAUUUCAUCGUCUCUCUUGUUUUCAUGACUGGAUACCUUUUGAAAGAGAAUGCAGCUUGUAAUGGAGAGAUACGAGAUAAACAUACCAACGAUAUCGUGCAAGGAUUUACAGUUGUCAAAGGAGAUCAUAGGCAGUCUUGUACUAUAAUCUUCAUGAUCCUGUACUAUUUCACUGUGAAUGGUACAAUCUGGUGGUUGAUUCUCACCAUUACCUGGUUACUGGCAGCGGGAUUCAAGUGGGGAACUGAAGCCAUUGAAAAGUAUUCGAUAUAUUAUCAUGCAAUUGCAUGGGGAAUUCCAGCUAUUCAGACUAUGGUUGUGGUAACUUUCAGCAAAAUAGAGGGAGACAACAUUUCAGGUGUUUGUUUUCUCGGUUUAUACGAUUCUCAAGCUCUGCGAUAUUUAUUAUUGACUCCUUUGUGCGUUUAUUUAUUCAUUGGAACAACGAUAUUGUGUACCGGUUUCUGUUGUUUAAAUCGAGUUCGAAUUAAAUUAAGAAAUGAUGAGGUGAAUAAGAAGAAACUCCAGUUUAUGCUCAGGAUUGGAGUGUUCAGUGUGAUGUACAUCGUGCCACAGGUUAUUUUGUUUACGAUAUACAUUGUCGAAGACUCAUACCGAACAAGAUGGGAAGCAACUUGGUUUCUAAAAUCCUGUGAAGACUAUCGAGUUCCAUGCCCUGCAUUGGAUUCAAACGUUUCUGUAACAGCUGGUGAAGGUGAUCUCCAACCUCAUGUUAUGAUAUUCUGCGUCAAAUAUUUCAUGACAUUAAUUGUUGCUCUCCCUCCACUCUUUUGGGUAGCCUCAAAGAAGACUUUACUGUCGUGGCAACUAUUUUGCUGUCGUAAAAAGAGAAGGAACCAACCGCCGAUUGUUUCAAGUAACCACAACCAGAACAACUCUCGAGGUCAGAAUUUAUCAAGAAGAGCACUUCUAGGAAAUGAAAUUUCGCAGAAUUCUAAGCAGCAUCGUGCAAGGAAUCACCGUCCAAGAUCUCUUGGAGAUGGCGGAAUCGGUAGCGAUGACGUUUUUGUCGGACUAGAAAGCGCUUCAAAAUUACACGGGUCGUCUGCUUCUGUGACAGCUCGUGCUAAGAUUACGGAAGAAAGAAAUUCACGGCAAAACGAAAUUUUGCAGCAUAAAGGCAUAGAAGAUUCAAAUGCACCUCCUCUUCCGCCGCCUCCACCGCCGCGUUAUACAAGCAGGCCCUUCAGUGCGGAAGAAAACUGAAUUGAAAAAACAAUUUCCAGAAAAACGAAAACAACGACGAUCGGCGUCAUCACCAUCUACGUCAUCACGCGGAAAGGCGUCAUCAAUACACAAACCUUCAUCGAUGUCCUCAUCAACAUCUGCGCAGCAUUCCAUGCAUAAUAAGCGUGAUACACAUAUACAACAUUCUGCCUUGCCUAGCUACUCCCUUAGUAAAACACUGCCAAAAGAUGAACUUGUCAA